UAAAAAAUAAUAAAAAAAUAGAAUAAACUAAAGGGAAAUAAAAAAAACUUUUCCAGGGUCUGGAACAAUGGAGAGCUUAGGCCUCAAUGGCCGUUAAUUUUUCAUUUUUUCUUUUUUGGUUCUGUAAGUUGAAAUUUUUGUCUUGAUUUAUUGGAAGCUACCCUUGAGUGGUUCUAAGCAGCUAAAGAGAGCUUAAACAGAGCUCCCUUUGCUGUUGAAUCCCCUGGAGAAUUGAUCUAAGUUGGUUUUGUAUGGACAAAGUUGGUUUCCUUUUUGAUCUUUGUCUCUAAAAGGCGAAGUGGGUUAUCUUCAAAAAGGAUAUAGUUUGAUUUUUUUUUUAUUUGGUAAAUUAAGAUUUUAGGAGGGAAAUUAUCAACAACAGACAUACAGAUAGCCAAGAAAUCUGCUUUUGAACAUGACUGUAGCAUUACUAUGGGUUGCCUCUCCCAAUACAGAGGUUUCCAACUCGUUUGCAUUCUUCCAUUCGGUCCGGGUUUUAGAUUCAUCCAAGUUCGGUUCUGUAGAUCGGAGUUUGAUGUUUAAGACGAGAGCAAAAAGAAGUGGGAACCAGAAAUGGAAGUCAGGCUUGGUGAAUAUAGAUUUGAGGAAUCCUUGCAUAGGUAGUGGAAACAAAUUACCUAUAAUAUCGAGCAUGGUAGCGAGUCACGCAGGAGAAAUGGCCAUCUCCUCUGAGGAGAAGGUUUACAAUGUGGUGCUGAAGCAAGCAGCCUUGGUUAAAAAGCAAUUAAGGUCUAGUGAGGAUCUCGAUGUGAAACCAGAUAUCGUGCUUCUAGGGACUUUGAGCUUGUUGAGUGAAGCUUACGAACGCUGUGGGGAAGUUUGUGCUGAGUAUGCCAAGACAUUUUACUUGGGAACUCUGCUAAUGACCCCUGAAAGGAGAAGAGCUAUCUGGGCAAUAUACGUGUGGUGUAGAAGGACAGAUGAACUUGUUGAUGGGCCUAAUGCUUCACACAUAACGCCAACAGCUUUAGAUAGAUGGGAGGCAAGGUUGGAAGAUCUUUUCCGAGGUCGUCCUUUUGAUAUGCUUGAUGCUGCUUUAUCAGAUACAGUUACAAAAUUUCCAGUUGAUAUUCAGCCAUUCAAAGAUAUGAUAGAAGGAAUGAGGAUGGACCUGAAGAAGUCAAGAUAUCAGAACUUUGACGAGCUUUAUCUUUACUGUUAUUAUGUUGCUGGGACGGUUGGAUUAAUGAGCGUUCCUGUCAUGGGCAUUGCACCUGAAUCACAGGCAUCAACAGAGAGUGUCUAUAAUGCUGCUUUGGCGUUAGGAAUAGCAAAUCAGCUGACCAACAUACUAAGGGAUGUUGGAGAGGAUGCAAGAAGAGGAAGGAUUUAUUUACCACAGGAUGAGCUGGCACAGGCAGGGCUUUCAGAUGAUGACAUAUUUGCUGGAAAAGUGACAGAUAAGUGGAGAAAUUUCAUGAAGGACCAAAUUAAGAGAGCAAGGAUGUUCUUUAACGAGGCAGAGAAAGGAGUGACAGAGCUCAGCGCUGCAAGUAGAUGGCCGGUAUGGGCAUCCUUACUGUUAUACCGGCGAAUACUAGACGAGAUAGAAGCAAAUGAUUACAACAACUUCACAAAGAGAGCUUAUGUGAGCAAAGCCAAGAAGAUAGCUUCUUUGCCAAUUGCAUAUGCAAGAUCAGUUUUUGGGCCUUCAAAAAUUUCUUCUCCUUUGACAAAAGCAUGAUAUAUAGAACAUUAGUUGUACAUUAGCAACUGUUAUAAUGCAGCAAGUAUAUUCAUUAAAAGCAAGAAUAAUGAAUUCAAUUUCUUGCAAGGCCUAUAAUCCAUAUGUUUACUUGCACUA